CCUUACGUCACACUAGCUUCUGAAACCUUUCUCUUUUCUACAUCAACAACACCACACACACCCAACUCGAAGCACAACACCACACAAACUCUCCAGGGACCAACAAGAGUCUCGCACACUAUAAGCAACCAUGACGUCGAAAAUGGAAUUCACCGACCGGGCCAAGAAGGCUUUGGAGGAUGCCAUGGCCCUGGCAGAGCAAUACGCCCACUCACAACUCCUCCCCGUUCACCUGGCAGUCGCGCUUCUCGACCCUCUCCCAGAUCCGAGCAAAGACCAGCAGAAUGCCCCACCCACCAGCUCUCUCUUCCGCCAAGUCAUUGAGAGAGCCCAUGGCGAUCCCCAGCUGUUCGACCGCGCCCUCAAGAAGUCACUCGUCCGCCUCCCCAGCCAAGACCCUCCUCCCGAACAUGUCUCGAUGGCUCCUUCCUUCACCACAGUCCUGCGCAAGGCCAACGAGCUACAGAAGACGCAAAAAGACACAUACAUUGCCGUCGACCAUCUUAUUACAGCUCUGGCCGAGGAACCGUCGAUCACGAAUGCGCUCAAGGAGGCCAACAUUCCCAAGCCAAAGCUCGUUACCGAUGCUAUCCAGGCCAUCCGCGGUACCAAGCGCGUCGACUCUCGCAAUGCCGACACCGAAGAGGAGCACGAGAACCUCGCCAAGUUCACCGUUGAUAUGACCGCCAUGGCCAGGGAAGGCAAGAUCGACCCCGUCAUUGGUCGUGAGGAGGAAAUUCGGAGAGUCAUCCGUAUCCUUUCUCGUCGUACCAAGAACAACCCUGUCCUCAUCGGUGAGCCUGGUGUCGGUAAGACUACCGUCGUUGAGGGUCUCGCUCAGCGCAUCGUCAACGCUGAUGUACCCGACAAUCUGGCCGCCUGCAAGCUUCUGUCUCUUGAUGUCGGUGCCCUGGUGGCCGGCAGCAAGUACAGGGGUGAGUUCGAAGAGCGCAUGAAGGGAGUUCUGAAGGAGAUCCAAGAGUCCAAGGACAUGAUCAUCCUGUUCAUCGAUGAAAUCCACUUGCUCAUGGGCGCUGGCUCGUCCGGAGAAGGCGGCAUGGAUGCGGCCAACCUGUUGAAGCCAAUGCUCGCCCGUGGUCAGCUUCACUGCAUUGGCGCUACCACCCUGGCCGAGUACCGCAAGUAUAUCGAGAAGGAUGCCGCUUUUGAACGUCGCUUCCAGCAGGUCAUUGUCAAGGAGCCCUCCGUUCAGGAGACAAUUUCCAUUCUCCGUGGUCUCAAGGAGAAGUACGAGGUGCACCAUGGUGUCACCAUUUCCGAUGCUGCCAUUGUGGCCGCUGCAACUCUUGCGGCCCGCUACCUCACUUCUCGCAGACUUCCUGAUUCGGCUAUCGAUCUGAUCGACGAGGCGGCUGCCGCAGUCAGAGUCGCCCGAGAAUCGCAGCCCGAGAUCAUCGAUUCCCUGGAGCGCAAGUUGCGCCAGCUCAAGAUUGAGAUCCACGCCUUGUCUCGCGAGAAGGAUGAGGCUUCCAAGGCUCGUCUUGAACAGGCCAAGAAAGAUGCCGAGAACGUGGAGGAGGAGCUCAGACCCCUCCGCGAGAAAUACGAAAAGGAGAGACAGAGAGGCAAGGCUAUCCAGGAAGCCAAGAUGAAGCUUGAGAGCUUGAGAGUCAAGGCCGAAGAGGCUAGCAGAAUGGGAGAUCACAGCCGUGCUGCCGACCUUCAGUAUUACGCCAUCCCCGAGCAAGAGGCGGUUAUCAAGAAGCUUGAGAGAGAGAAGGCUGCGGCCGACGCUGCUCUCAGCGCCAAUGCGGCCGACACCGGUGGUUCCAUGAUCACUGAUGUCGUUGGUCCCGAUCAGAUCAACGAGAUCGUAGCACGGUGGACCGGUAUUCCCGUCACACGCCUCAAGACCACCGAGAAGGAGAAGCUUUUGCACAUGGAGAAGCAUCUCAGCAAGAUUGUUGUCGGUCAGAAGGAGGCCGUUCAGUCUGUAUCCAACGCUAUCAGACUGCAGCGGUCGGGUCUCUCCAACCCCAACCAGCCUCCCAGCUUCCUGUUCUGCGGUCCUUCGGGUACCGGUAAGACUUUGCUCACAAAGGCUCUUGCCGAGUUCCUGUUUGAUGAUCCCAAGGCCAUGAUCCGUUUCGACAUGUCUGAGUAUCAGGAGCGUCACUCUCUCAGCCGCAUGAUUGGUGCUCCUCCCGGUUACGUUGGUCACGACUCUGGUGGCCAGCUGACUGAGGCCCUUCGCCGCAAGCCGUUCUCCAUCCUCCUCUUCGACGAGGUUGAGAAGGCAGCCAAGGAGGUCUUGACCGUUCUGCUACAGCUCAUGGAUGACGGCCGUAUCACGGAUGGUCAAGGCAGAGUCGUGGACGCCAGGAACUGCAUUGUUGUCAUGACGUCCAACUUGGGUGCUGAGUACCUUUCUCGUCCCAACGCCAAGGAUGGUAAGAUUGAUCCAACCACUCGCGAGCUUGUCAUGAACGCCCUGCGCAACUACUUCCUUCCCGAGUUCCUCAACCGUAUCAGCUCGAUUGUCAUCUUCAACCGUCUCACUCGUCGCGAAAUCCGCAAGAUUGUCGAUCUACGCAUUGCGGAAAUCCAGAAGCGGCUCAAGGACAACGAUCGCAAUAUCAGGAUCGAGGUGUCGGAAGAAGCCAAAGACAAGCUGGGUGCUCAAGGUUACUCGCCAGCUUAUGGCGCUAGACCACUGCAGCGUCUGCUUGAGAAAGAGGUUCUGAACCGCUUGGCUGUUCUGAUCCUCCGUGGCGCCAUCCGCGACGGCGAGGUUGCCAGGGUUGUCGUCCAAGACGGCCAGGUUACGGUCCUUCCCAACCAUCCCGAGGCUUUUGAUGAGGACGAGGAGAUGAUAGAUGAGGAUGAUGCACUCGACGAGGUUGCGCCGGACUCGAUGGAUGAGGAUCUUUACGACGACUAGAUGUCUAACAGGAUAGACGACUUGGCCAUGUUCGACGGCGUGGAGGUGGACUAGGAGGAUUAGUGAAGCUAAUCGUGGACGCCCCGAGUGUUAAGGGAGACGGGAAUUUGGUAUUAUGACUUGAGGAAUUUGAAAAUGGGAUAGCCUUCGGGGUUUGAAGCACGCACAUUGCAUUUGGAGUUUUGGGCCUGUAUAUUUAGAUAUUUUACAUAAUAUGGAACGAAAGACAUUGUGAUUCUCAUGAGGUAGACAUGUGUAAGGAUAGCGGAGGCCGAGAUUUGAUUCUGAAGACUCAAGUGUAGUGACACCAAUAGAAUCAAAGUCCUAUAAUUACAUUCGCCCU